AACGUUGAUCGAAUCCAUCAUCCCGACUUUCUAACGCUACAAGUCUCGCCCACAAACGUCUGUUCGCGCGGAUCCCCACUUGACCAAACUUGGGUGACAGACUGGGUCUACUGCUUCUGGGUCCAUACAAAUCCAUACAAAUCCAUACAACCCAUACAAUCUAGUCUCCUUGCCUUUGCCUACAUUGGAUCCUACAUCCUACCUACAUACACAGUAUUACUUUUUCCUUUUCUGACUCCUCGAACAUUACUAGGUUGUCCACACUAUCAGCACUGUACAAGUAGUAGGACACACAUCUGCCACGCAUUCGCGCAUUUGGAAACCCACUUCGUUGGGUACCAGGACAGCUCCGCCCUUCCUGAUCCAGUGACUGGAUUCACUUAUCAGGCACAUAAGCCCUCGCCCUCCGGCAUGGCGAAGAGGUCAGCACCUUCUGUUGCAUACUUUGAGGAGGAAGACGACGAGGGUAACCUUAUUGGCGAACCUCAAUACGCUCGAUCCACCGCACACAGCAGUCCCUCUAAGGAGAAGCCCAACACCGGCAAAUCACGAAAAGAUUCAAAUCGUCGAGCAUCCAAAGAUUUUAAAGAAUUCAAGGAUUUCAAGGAUUUCAAAGACUAUAAAGAAUUUAAAGAACCUAAAUCCCCCAUCCUCUCCUCCCUAUCCGACUCCGACUCCUCAACCGAACUCACGAGACGAGUUCCAAAACUUAAGAUGAAGGGAGACAAGAAGCGACGAGAGGAUCCUCUCGUCAACCAGCAGCGUCCUGCUCCCCGUUCCCGCAAGACAGCACCACCGCCUGCAUCUCGACUAUCCGAAGAAUCUUAUUACGGAAUAAAUCCACAACAGUCCGUAUCAUCUAUACCCGCCAGGCCUCGCGCUCGAACUAGACCCGAGUCAUACUAUGGCCAGCGACCGCCUCUUUCGACAUCAGCAUAUGCUCACCAACCACCACCCCCCUCACAUCUUCCUCCUCCUUCAUUCCCCCCAGUAGCACCCUACUGGAUGGGCGGGCCUCCACCUCCUACUCCAAUGGGACAUGCACUGGUUCAUCAACCCAUUCCCUCUCCUUCAUCAUAUGGAGAGCCGUUGCCUCCUAACAGGGAUUUGGCUUCACGAUUCGGGCGUCCACAAUCAGCCAUGGGAUUCCAACCGCCUCCCAAGGCACUCGAUUACGAGCCGGUGAAAGAGAAGGCACUCACGCGGAGAGGUUCGACAGCGAGGAAGAUUAGCAAGGACUACGACGACAGGCACCGGAUGCCACCGCCUGCCCGACCGGCGUCUACACAGCCAAAUCCGAAUCGAUUGGUGAUCCGCCCCACGCAGUCUUCGCACGCAGCUCCGCCCUCCCAAGCAGCUUCGAGGAGGAAAUCUGUUGGGUUUACGGAAGGUGGGUUCACAGAAGGUGAAUUGCGGGGCGGCGACCCUUCUAUGUAUAAAGCAGUGACUCGACGCGAGGUGGAAUAUGGGACCGGUGCUCUCCCUCCCCGACCGAGGCCUCAGAGCUAUGACACCGAAUCGAUCUACGAUAUGGGCAAUUACGAACUUGAGCCAGCAACUCGUGGUCGACGAAGCUCGUUUUACAAUUUCGAGGAGAAGGUGCGCGAUGCGUCUCGGUAUCAGGAAGACGUAAGUGGAGGAAAUGCUCCACCUCUGACGGCUGAGGCUCUCCGGCGUGUGAAGAAUGGAGGCAGCAGCCGCUCGACCCGUAGCACUGCGAGUCGUGAUGAGAGCGAUUAUAAGCAAUCGGCCACCACACGGACCACAAGAUCCGGCAGUGGUGACGAUGAUAUUACCAUUAAGCUUCCGAUGGGUGCCGUCAUCGAAGUUGGCAACACUAAAAUCCACUGCAAGGAUGGUGGCAACAUGAAUAUCGGCCGUGGCAACGGAACUUCUCGUGCCGGAGGCAGCGAUCAUGCGGCUCCUUCUAACUACAGCGAUGAACGAAGCGAACGAAAAAGCCGAGCAGAUCGAUCGGAAAGGCGAACCAGGACCGGAUCAUACUCUCGCACACGCUCUACGGGACCGCCUCUAUACCCCCGAACCUCUCCUGAUUACUCGCAUUACGAUGACUACGAUGAUCGCUACGAUGUUCCACAGCAUGCACCAUACAUGGGCUACUACGAACGCGAACGCGAACUCGAACGUGAAGACGAUGACGACGAUAGUUACUUCGACUGUUGAGUCUUCAAUUUAGAAGAUAUCGACCAUUUUUUACCACUUCUGUUUUGAUUUACCGGACAAGCGAUUUAUCAUUUAUGUUUUGAAUAUUUUAGCAUGUCAUACUGCCUUGUGUCUUUUUAU